CAUACGUAGACAUGAAAUCCUGGAACCGGAAAUAAACACAGCUGGCUGUAGGCUACACUAAGUUAACAUAAAAAUAUGAAAUAUCGUGCUACUUUUUAUUACCUUUAGAUCGCAAUACCAGUAUAUCUCUGCCCGAGACUAGCAAAUUAAAUUAAUGACUGACUAUAGCUAAGUUAUUAGAAGUUUGUGGACACAACCUCCAGCCUGAAGUUUUGAUGUUUAAGAAAGUUGAUGAUUCGAUCAGGAUGCAUCAGGAGGAUGAAGAUUACACCAAUCCACCAGAGGAGUUUAUAGGACUGUCUGAUUUCACGAGCUGCGGCAGCGACCAGGGGAUCUGACCUCAACCCCUCCUUCGCCUAAUCCACAGAUGUCUAUCCGCUUCCCUUAUAGCAGUCCUGUGACCUCCUCCCAUCCACCCAACACAGUCCAAAGCCAUCUUUCUUUCCACAGAGAACCAUUAACCUCUGACAAAAAAACUGAGUUUCAGAGCUGGAGACAGGUUACUGGUCCACACCAAGACGUCAGCUGACUGGUGGUGGGCGGAGUUAGGAGGCCUCUGUGGCUACGUUCCAUCUAGUUACCUGAAACAAGAUGUGGAGGACAGUUACCUAAAACAAGGUGUGGAGGAGGACACCUCAGAGGAAACCUCAGAGGACCCCUGGCAGGAUGAAGAGUACUUUGGCAGCUAUGGAACACUGGUUUGGCUUCUUGUCUCUCUCUCUUCCUAAUUAACAAUACAUUCAUUUCUACACAUGCAUCCAAAAUGGCAUUCUUUUAAAUAUAUAUCUUACUACUUUUGACCAGGGCCCAGAUGUGUCCCAAAUGGCACCCUAUUCCCUAUAGUGCACUAUAUAGGGAAACGGGUGCCAUUUGGGAGGUGACCUAUGCAACAUGUGUUAAUAUUGUUGUCUGCGUUUCUGCUGACCCAGAGGCUUCAACUGGAGAUGCUGAGUGACCGAGCGAGGACGGAGACGUACCGCCAGGUGAUUCUGACCAACAGCGCCCCCCUUAGGGGCAAGGUGGUUAUGGACCUGGGCUGUGGCACCGGAGUCAUCAGCCUCUUCUGUGCCCGCCUGGCCCAGCCCAAAGCUGUGUAUGCAGUGGAGGCCAGCUCCAUAGCAGAACACACUGAGACCCUGGUGAGGCAGAACGGCUGUGAGGAGGUUGUGACAGUCUUCCAGGGUCGGGCUGAGGAGCUGGAGCUACCAGGCACAGUAGACAUCCUGAUCUCAGAGUGGAUGGGCAACUGUCUGCUGUUUGAGUUCAUGGUAGAGUCAGUGUUGCAGGCGCGGGACCGCUGGCUGAGAGAGGGGGGGAUGAUGUGGCCCUCUGGGGCCUCUCUCUGCCUGGUCCCCUGUCAGGCCCUGGACUACUACACAGAGAGGAUGGGCUUCUGGGAGCAGCCCUACGGACUGGACUUCACUGCCCUCCAAUCCCUGGCCCAGUCAGAGUUCUUCUCCAGGCCCAGGUUCAGCCACCUCCUCCAGCCUGAAGACUGCCUGGCCACCCCCUGUGAUGUCAUCACUCUGGACAUGCUCACGCUGCAUGUUACAGAUCUAGAGAAGCUGAGGGGCCAGUUUACCUUCAUCGUGGAAAAGGCCGGGACGUUCCACGGGUUCACUUCCUGGUUCAGAGUUCAGUUCCAGAGCCUGGAGAGAGACAAAACCACAUUGGAGUUAGACACUGGGCCCUACUCUGAGCCAACCCACUGGAAGCAGACUCUGUUCAUGCUGGACGGGCCGAUCUCGCUGCUCGGUGGAGAGACGGUGUCUGGAAUCAUCCUUCUACACCGGAACCCCGUCUGGAGACGUCACAUGACUGUUACCAUCCAAUGGAGAAUCAGCAGCACAGAGGAAACAGGAAACUGCAUGGCAAGUAUCCUCUAUCUUUUAGGGGUGAAUUGUAAUUACCACUACCUCAAAUGUUCACUUAUACCCAUUUCAGACAGAAGAUGUGGUAUGUUACCUGUAAAGAAUGACCCCCUUUCAAACAGCCCCUUAUUUACCACUUAUUUGCAGGUUUACCCCUUUUAUACAUAUUAGUGAGUAACUGGAAAAUUGGGUGGAGUGGGGGGUGUUGUUAAACCAUGGGGCCUGUUUGUUUACCUCAACUUUUCACUUAGUUUCCCAUUGACAGUAAUGCAUGACUAAGUGAAAAUUCAACUUAUCGUACCAGUCAAAAGUUUGGAAACAUCUACUCAUUCAAGGGUUUUUAAUUUUUUUUUUUUACUAUUUUCUAAAUUUUAUAAUAAUAGUGAGACAUCAAAACUAUGAAAUAACAC